CACCAGUUGCAUCUGAUCACUGAAGCGGUUUGGAAUUUAAUGAUCAACCGGAUCUGUACAAAGCAACUGAUUUCUUCUGUUUAAGGACAGCUUCUCCAUCCAGCAGACAAAAUGUGCACAGGGUCAUGCUCCAAGUUUAUUGCCGUCCCUCUCUAUGUCCUGGCUCUGGUGUCAGUCAUCUGCAACAUCAUGCUCUUCUUCCCUGACUUCAGUACCGAGUAUGCAGGUUCAGACAGCGAAAGUGACCCAAGGCUCACAAAUGAAGUGAAAUAUAUGGGAGGCUUUAUUGGAGGAGGAAUCAUGAUCCUCAUUCCUGCCAUUCACAUUCAUCUGACAAGUACAAAGAGCUGCUGCGCCAACCGCUGUGGGAUGUUCCUGUCCAUUGGGUUUGCUGCGCUUGGUGUGGCGGGAGCCAUUUACAGUUUGGCCGUUGCAGCUGUGGGUCUUCAAAAUGGGCCAGUUUGUAGAUAUAGGGCAGACAAUGGCACUGAAAUUGAAACAUGGGGAAGACCAUUCAUGGGCAGUUCUGGAGACUACCUGGGAGACAAGGACAGUUGGGGCAGGUGUUUGAUACCAGAGAAUGUGGUUGAAUUCAACUUGGGGUUGUUCUCCACUCUGCUGGUGGCCGCCGCCCUGGAGGCCGUCCUCUGUGCCUUCCAGAUGAUCAACGGAUUGUUCGGCUGUAUCUGUGGAACCUGCUCUGAUAAGGAUGAGGAUUAAAUCAAAGCAGAUCAACUUCACACCAUGACUUCUUGACGAAGACCUGAGAGAGUUUUAUCAUCAUCACUGUCAGCAUGCACCAAUAUGUUUCUUUUUUUCCAUAAUAUUUAAGACAAUAGUUUACGCCGAUCUGGCAACACUACAGGUUUGCUGUUUGUGCUUUAAAUGUGCCUUACUAAUAUGGAUUCGUCAAGAGGAUUGACUGGGAUUACUGCUGAUUGUUUCUUUUGUUUGCGUUUCUUUAAAGAUUUAAAUAUUAAAUUUCGUCUCGGAUACUUUGUGUACUUGAGCAUUUAGAGUUGUUUUUAAUGUUUUGUAAUAAAACUUUGAACACAUCA